AACUCGUAAUCACGAUGUUUUUUAUUAUUGUUUAAGCUGAUAACAUUGAUAACGCAGUAACACUAUCAAGGUCAAUUUAUUAGAUUUCACUCUUUGAAGCAAUAUAAUUUUGGUGGCAGCAUACUUGAAAACACGAAAACUGUUUAAGAAUUUAUUCUUGCCAUUAUGUCUCUCAGAAAAUUCAUACUUAGGUCACUGAAACUAAGAAAUAAAUUUUCUUACUUACCAGCUUUAUCACAUCACUACAAUUAUGAAGACUAUAAAGGCUACAAUGAAAAAUAUAGGAAUUUUAAUUGGAAUAUAGGAGCUGCUAUAUUAGCAUCUGUUUUAGUGAGUUCCACAUCUACAGAUGUCAGUAGUGACAAAUUAAAAAAGAACAAACAAGGAAAGACUGAAGAGUAUAAAACAAUAGAAGCUGGAGAGAAGAAGCCCAAUUUACCAACUUACAGAGCUGAGGAGAUCAGCAAACAUAACACAAAGAAUAGUUUCUGGGUGACAUAUAGACAUGGUGUGUAUGACGUCACAUCAUUCUUGCCCUCACAUCCCGGAGGAGAACAAAUCUAUAAUGCAGCCGGACUGAGCAUUGAGCCCUUUUGGAAUGUGUAUGGAAUGCACAAGACAAAAGAAGUAUACGAGUUGCUUGAAUCAUAUAGAAUAGGAAACCUGCACGACGACGACCUGGUGGACCACAGCGACGAAGAGCUGUGGGCCACGGAGCCCUACCGCGACCCGCGCCUCAUCGUCAAGACCGCCAAGCCCUUCAACGCAGAGAUACCGCCGGAGUACCAGAUCGCGCACUUCGACACGCCCAACGAGUUGUUUUACGUGCGGCAGCACAUGCCUGUUCCAGAGCUGGAUGCGGGCGCGCACCGCGUGCGGGUGGUGCUGGAGGACACCGGCCACUCCAGAGAGUUCAGUCUGCAGCAGCUGCGGAGUCUGCCCGCCGCCAGCGUGCGCGCCGCCCUCAUGUGCGCCGGCAACAGGCGCAGCGAGAUGCACAAGCAGGUGAAACCGGUCAAAGGCAUCGAUUGGGCGGGCGGAGCCAUAAGCAACGCCGUAUGGAGCGGAGUGUACCUCCGCGACGUGCUGCUGACCUGCGGAGUGGACCCUGACGACACUGAGGGCAAGCACGUCAUCCUGACGGGCGCGGACAUAGACGCUACGGGGCAGAACUUCAGCACGUCGAUCCCGCUGCGGCUGGCGCUGGACGCGAGCGCGCGCGUGCUGCUCGCCACGCACAUGAACGGCGAGCCGCUGCCGCCCGACCACGGCCGCCCGCUGCGCGUCAUCGUGCCCGGAGCGCCCGCCGUCAGGAGCGUCAAGUGGCUCGAAUGCAUAACGAUAUCGUCGGAGGAGAGCUCGUCGCACUGGCACAAGAAGGACUACCGCGCCUUCAACCCGUCCACGACGUGGGAGAGCGCGGACUUCGAGCGCGCGCCGCCCGUCUACAGCCUCCCCGUCACCUCCGCCAUCUGCGCGCCGCGACACGGAGACACCGUCACCGUGCGACACGGACACAUCGAGGCCGCGGGGUACGCGUACUCCGGGGGCGGGGCGCGCGUGGUGCGCGUGGACGUGAGCGCGGACGGCGGCCGCAGCUGGACGGAGGCGCGGCUGCAGCAGGACGCGGCGCCGCACCGCGAACACUACGCCUGGACCUUGUGGACGGUGCGUCUGCCCGUGCCCGCGCACGCCGCACAGGCGGAGUUGUGGGUGAAGGCGACGGACGGCAACUUGAACACGCAGCCGGAGACCUUCGAGCACAUCUGGAACAUCCGCGGCAUCCUCAGCAACGCAUACCACCGCGUCACCGUGCGUCUGCAGCACUGACACACUCUGACACUCGCUCGGUCGGAGCAUGACAAUGACAUCACAUGUGACAAAUAUGUACCUUUUAUUUUUGAUACUCUUUUAUCCUAAUUUCAACUAUUCUCUCUAUUGAACAAAACUUAAUUUGUUUUUAUUUUUCCAUUGAACAAAAGAAACCAAAAACAGUAAA